GAGAGAGAGAGAGAGAGAGAGAGAGAUAUGGGUUUUUGAGGAUUUAAAGAGAGGUUUUUGAGGAUUUAGAGAAAGAUGGGUUUAUGAGGAUUUGAAGAGAGAGAGAAAGAGAGGUGGGUUUUGAGGAUUUGAAGAGAGAGGGAGAAAGAGAAGUGGAUUUUGAGGAUUUGAAGAGAGGGGAAGAAAGAGAGAUGGGGUUUUGACGACUUGAGAGAGAGAGAGAGAGAGAGAGAGAGAGAGAGAUCCUCUAUUCGUCUCUCUUCCAUUUUUUUGCCCACUUCACAGCAAAAAUCAUAGCAAUCAGAAUCCAAAGGAAAAAGAAAAAAGGAAAAAAUUUCCUAAUUUUCCAUUUGCAUUCUCCACCAGGAGAGAAAUCCUAGCCGUCCAAAAUGGGAUGCACCCAAUCCAAGAUCGAGAACGAGGAGGCAGUCACCCGCUGCAAAUUGCGGAAGCAGCACAUGAAAGAUGCGGUCGGGGCCCGAAACCAUUUCGCCGCCGCCCAUUCCUCCUACACGAUGGCGCUCAAGAACACCGGCGCCGCCCUCAGCGAUUUCGGCCAGGGAGAGGUCGAGGAUCCCCAGAGCCACGCCCAACCGGGCGUGGGGCCUACUACCGCCCCCGUUUCCCAACCCCCUCUCGACAACCUCCCCCCUCCCCCGCCCCCUCUUCCCGACUUCCCGGCACCCCCUCUCAUUCGCUCUGCAAGCAUGCCCGAUCUCCCCAUCCCCAAAUCCGACCCCCAUCCCUCUGAAACCAUCCCUGAAGAGGAAGACCAAGACGAGGAGGACGAUGCAGCUGGGCCCACCACCCCAACUUCCCUGCCUCCACCCCCACCUGGUCUGCCAUCUGAAGCCGUCACCCCGCCCCAGCCCCCCCUACCCGAGCCCGACCAUAAGGGUGAUGCAUGGGACUUCUUUUUCCCUGCCAUGCACGAUAGCAUGCCCGGCCCUUCAUUGCCUGAGCCAGAAGUAGAAGUGGCCCCACCUCCACCUCCCCGUCGUGUUAAAGAUGAUGGAAUCAAGAGCAAGAGCGAUGAUGUUGUUAAUGAUAAUAGUACCGUAGAGAGGAUGCCGGAGAAGGUAAUUACUGAGCCUGUUGCUAAGACUACGAAGAAGCAGAAGCAGGUGAGUAGUGGCGGCGGUGGCAGUAGCAGUAGUCAACAUGGUGGUGGUGGGUCUGAGGGAUCGAAGAGGGGUAAGGCUGCAGCUGCGGCCAAUACAAGCCUGUUGGAGAUCUUGAAAAAGCUUGACGAUCAUUUCCUUGGAGCAUCAGAGAGUGCCCACGAGGUGUCGAAGAUGCUGGAGGCGAAUCGGUUGCAUUACCACUCGAAUUUUGCGGACAACCGAGGGCACAUCGAUCAUUCUGCAAGAGUUAUGCGUGUUAUCACAUGGAAUAGGUCGUUCAGAGGUAUUCCCAAUCCCGAUGAAGGAAAGGAUGAUUUUGAUAGGGAAGAAUUGGAGACUCAUGCUACUGUGUUGGAUAAGCUGCUAGCGUGGGAAAAGAAGCUCUAUGAUGAAGUAAAGGCAGGUGAGCUUAUGAAGCUUGAGUAUCAGAGAAAGGUUGUUUUGCUGAAUAAGCAAAAGAAACGUGGCACCAGUUCUGAAUCACUAGAAAAAACUAAGGCGGCUGUUAGUCAUUUACAUACAAGAUACAUAGUGGACAUGCAGUCCUUGGAUUCAACUGUCUCGGAAAUACACCGCUUGCGUGAUCAUCAGCUGUACCCAAAGCUUGUGGAACUUGUUGACGGAUUUUGCCUAUGCUGUUGUGAAUCUAGGAGUCCCAAACAAAUGAUGGCUGAAAUGUGGGAGGCCAUGCAUCACCACCACGAGGUCCAGCAGGAGAUGGUCGUGGACCUAAGAUCCCUUCACUUAUCGAACGACCAAAAGGAAACGAGCCUCCAGCACCACAACCAGACCCGCCAGCUGUGCCGCAUCCUCGGGGACUGGCACUCCCAUUUCAGUCAACUGAUCAACCACCAGAAAGAGUACAUCCAUGCUCUCAACAACUGGCUCAAGCUGACCCUCAUCCCGAUUGAGAGCAGCCUCAAGGAGAAGGUGUCGUCGCCGCCACGGACCCAGCACCCCCCAAUCGAAGCCCUCCUCCGUGCCUGGCAUGAGCAGCUCGAGAAGCUGCCAGUGGAACUGGCCAGGGGUCCAAUCUUCAGCUUCUCAGCUGUCAUGAACUCCAUCAUGGUCCAUCAGGAUGAAGAGCUCAAGCAGAAGGAGAAAUGGGAAGAUGUGUCAAAGGAGUAUUCGCGGAAGCUUCGUCAGUUCGAGGACUGGCACCACAAGUACUCGCAGCGGAGAACACCAGCAUCAGAAUCGAUGGACGAUGACCAGGAUAGGGCAGCGGAUGGUGGGACCCAGCCCAAGGACCCCAUUGCAGAGCGGAUGUUUGUGGUGGAGACUCUAAAGAAGAGGAUGGAGGAAGAGAUGGAGACCUACCAGAAGCUGCGCAAACAGGUGCGUGAGAAGUCACUGGGGAGCCUAAAGACUCACCUGCCCGAGCUGUUCCGAGCCAUAACAGAGUUUGCGUCUGCAUGCUCUGAAACGUACAGGAGGCUACAGGCCAUAUCGCACUCGCAGGGGCACGGUAGCCCGGAUUGAGAAGGGAUGUAUGAUGGAUGGGGAUUUUUGUGCUUGUGGGUGUGUAAAAAAUCUCUGUUGUAGUAGGGGAACUGUAGUCUCUUGCAGUGUUGGUUUUUUGGGAGGAGAGGUUUAACUGUUUUUAAUGUGUUAGAACAGGUAUGUGUUACUGUUUAUAUUUAUCCCAUCUCCCUGUGAGUUUUUUUAAGGGAGGCAGUAGUUUUCUUUGAA